UGUUUUGUCUGUAACACAAGCUGUGUUUUGUCUGUUUUGUCUGUAACACAAGCUGUUUAGUUUUGUUUUUUGUUUUUUUCUGUUUUAAAAGAGAGAAUGAAUAGAGGCUGAUGAAGGAAUGACUGUUUGUUUAUAGCUGCUACAAAGUGAGAACAGAAACUAAUUUGUUACUCAAAAUUAUAUAUAGUUGUUUAGCAAACUGCUGCAGUAUUCCAGGACUAUAAAACACUUCGGGUGUGCUUUUAGGGGAAAAUAAUCAACAAAAAAUUAUAUAUAUUAAAAAGCAAGUGGAAGUGAAGUUGAUCUUAUGAGACCUGUUUUUGCAUGUUUUCAGUUUAAAUGUUUGUUUUGCUUCCUUUUAGAUAUAAAAGUGUGAAAUUAGCCAAUAGAACGGAUUAAAUGGAUUCAAAAGUCUAGAAAUAAGUCUAACAGUCUAACAUUUGGUUUAUUUGCAUCUUAUAAUAAGAAAGUAAAUACCACUGACAAGAUAUCAAUGUUUUUUGAUAUCAACAGUAAGCCGUCUUCAACACACCGUACCGUCGUUGAUUAUUUUCCUAUAACAGCGUGACACGGUGUUUUAUUCCUCACAUUUCUGUGAAUUAGUUAGUAAAACUCUAAUGUUGUUGAUUAGGUAAAAGUGUUGUUGUUUGUUUGCGUGUGUAUACCGAUGACAAUCUCAUCGCUCUCUCAGUCCGGCGUAUGAACCCGGAAACCACGAGCAUUACACGUGUAAACGGUGGCGAUAAAUAAGAGUCGGGUUUUUAACUGAGGGGAACGGAGAGUUGUAAAUGUUCUCUGUGAUUUGCCGUCUCUAAGGGUUUAAUUAAGUCCACAGUCUGCGCUUUCACAUGAUGAGACUCACUCGACGCCCCGCCGUAACACGGCACACACCCGGAAUGCCCCGCCAUCUCAAGUCCACGGGCCUCAGGAGAACCGAGACGCUAGACGGAGCUUAAACGCUCGGAGAGACGGCCAUCUCAGAUGGUCUAACAAGUCAACGGAGAAUUGGCUGAUAGCAUAUCAAUUUUAGCCCACUGCUUUCCACGGGUUAUGAGCGAUGACACUAUGACCAAAGUGCAGAUUUAUGGAAACAUUUCGCAUUUACAGAGCAAAAAAUAAAUUAAAAAUGUAAUUAAAAACAACUUUCAUUUCUCCUGGAUCGCACGGUUUGUUCUAUCCAAUAUGCUGACAAUAGACUGAAUAAUUCAGUAAUGCAAAUUACUAUAAUUUGUUGUAUAUUUUGAUUUGCAUGUUACCGAGCCAAAAUUUCUUUUUCUUAAAAAGCAUUUUUUGUUUUUUUAAAAUUCCUCUUAUUACACAACAAUUUGCGCAUUACAAUAAUUUAUUUAAUCACAGAACGACACUUUUAUUUUUUUAUCCAUUUAGACAUAAAUGUUGUGGAACAUCCAGGAAGCCAGUUCCUGUUAUCGCUUAGCACCUGUGAACACUCGUUCCCUCACCAGCUGCUCUUUUUUUUUACUCUAUCUUGAAGUAAAUAAAACGAAACAAAACACCAAUAGUCUACAGUGUUUACGCGCAAAUGUAUUACUGUUUUCAUUUUGUUUGUGAAAAAUUUACGAAUGUUCUUUAGAAACGUUACAUUUUCUGCACAAAAUUUUUGAAUUUUGAUUUGUUUUAAGUAUUUAUUUAUUUAUUACUUUGCCAUGUUUAAAUGAUUCUUUCAUUAUUUAGCAUUUUUCACAUGUUCUUCGUCCUAAAUAAUGUAAAUAUUCAUUUUUGGGGGAAAACUUUAUAAAGGCAGGUUGCAGGAUGUCUCCCGAGUAAAAACUGUAAUAAAUAUUCUAAACUAAAUAUUCUAUUCUAAAUUUCUGAACGUUUUUCUUGACGCUGAUGAAGUCUGCUUCAAGGUAUCCUCUAUCUGAAGAACUAGCAGAAGAAGAAGAAGAAGAAGAAGAAGACGUGUCACAGGGUGGGGUGGUGGGGGUAUUUCGCCGACGUAAGGUACGAUCUUUUCAAUAUAAAGUGUCUUUUUGCAACACAAUUGCACUUGUUGACAAAUUUGUCGACAAAUUUCUGUGGUACAAGAGGAAUAAAACACUUUGUGACGACCCUAACCGGUAUUUAUUGCGAAAUCAGAGGGGGGGAAAAAACACACCCUCAUUUUCUCAUUAAAUCCGUGCAGCCAUUUAAUUAGUCAGCUUCUAAAGGAAUUAUGGGAUUAUAUAUUUCUAAAUAUGUUCUGUGUUUGAUGCUGAUGAUGGACUAAACUUUGCAGGACCUCAGGUAUCUCUUUUUGAAGGACUACCAAAAAAGAAGAAAGAAGAAGAAGAGAGGGAUGAGGUGGUGGGGUGUGGGGGGUAUUUUGGCGAUGGAGAUUAAGGCAGGGGCUUUUUGUCAUUUGUGCGAGACAAGCCAUUCAUCCAUCCCGUUCUCAGCCAACAAAAAAAGGCUGCUCCCAGAAAUUAGCAGUUUCAGCUCAGCAGCAAAGCCGUCGGGCUGUGAAGGCACAGAGAAAUUGACUAAUUAGCAAUGCGCACUAAAACUUGACGGUUCUCUCCAUAACGGCGAGGCAAAAAAAAAAAAAGACUCGUUUUUUUUCCUUCUAUCUCACUCUUUUUUGUCUUUUCUCCUUUUUUUUUUCCUCCCCUCUCUCCAUAGAUGUUUGAAAUCGCAGUCAUUUACGCUCGACAGUUUUUACAAUAGCCUUGAGCCAUAAUUUUGCCCGUCUCUCUAGCAUCCAUAGCCCUGCAUGGUCUCUCUCCGCCGGCCAUGCGCGACCGUUUCUCUCCCCAACCGUGGAUUUCCUAUUACUCUCGUUACGACUCACUGAGCCCCAGGCCCAAGGAUAAUGAUGUGUUGUUUCUUGGUAGCAUAAUUUGUCACACGUAUAUUUCUUCUUCUUCUUCUUCUCUUGCAGAAAGCACGGCUCUCUCACUCUCUCUCUCAGCACUCAGCACACUUCUUAGUUUAGUUUAAUUCAGCCGCACGCGUAAUAAAAGAAAAAAGAAAAAGAAAUACGCGGCUUGCGCAUCGAGUCUAUAGCCAGACUUUAAGAAGGAAAAAGAAAGGGGGAACCAAAGAAAAAAAAAAAAAGAAAAAAGACAAAACGGAAAGGACGAGAACAAAGACAAAGUGCUGUGAGGAUACACACAUCUUAAAGGAUCUGGGGGAUACUUUGUUUUCUCCGCUUAAACUCAAGGAGGUGCGAGCGGCUCCCAAGUCAUGUCCAGAUCGGGCGACCGAACGUCUACGUUUGACCCAACACACAGCGACACGCUGCUGCACGGGCUCAACCUGCUGUGGAGGAAGCAGCUCUUCUGCGACGUGACCCUCACAGCGCAGGGACAACAGUUCCACUGCCACAAAGCCGUGCUCGCGUCCUGCUCGCAGUACUUCAGAUCCCUGUUCUCUGCGUCACACGCGCUCAGCAAUGAGCCGCUCGCCGGCAAAGAUCAAAGCAGCGGCGGAACCCCGUCCUCGUCCCCGGAUGAGAAGCUCCUGGCCAGCCCGCGCUCCAUCAGCAACCUGGUGCUGCAGGGCUGCUCGUCCAUCGGGCUGCGCCUGGUCCUCGAGUACCUGUACACGGCCAACGUGACGCUCUCGCUGGACACCGUGGAGGAGGUGCUCUCGGUCAGCAAGAUCCUCAACAUCCCACAGGUCACCAAGCUGAGCGUGCAGUUCCUCAACGACCAGAUCUCCGUCCAGAACUACAAGCAGAUCUGCAAGAUCGCUGCGCUGCAUGGCCUGGACGAGACCAAAAAGCUGGCCAACAAGUACCUCGUCGAAGAUGUGCUGCUCCUCAACUUCGAGGAGAUGUGCGCCAUGCUGGACGCGCUGCCGCCGCCCGUCGAGUCCGAGCUAGCUCUGUUCCAGAUGUCCGUCCUGUGGCUGGAGCACGACCGUGAGACCAGGAUGCACUACGCGCCGGACCUGAUGAAGCGCCUCCGCUUCGCCCUGAUCCCAGCCCCGGAGCUCGUCGAGAGGGUGCAGUCUGUAGACUUCAUGAGGAGUGACCCUGUGUGCCAGAAGCUCCUUCUGGAUGCCAUGAACUACCACCUGAUGCCCUUCAGACAGCACUGCAGACAGACAACAGCCAGCAGAAUCCGUUCCAACAAAAGGAUGCUGCUGCUGGUUGGAGGUCUGCCUCCAGGACCCGACCGCCUCCCCAGUAAUCUAGUGCAGUACUACGACGACGAAAAGAAGACAUGGAAGAUCCUUACAAUAAUGCCUUACAACAGCGCCCAUCACUGUGUAGUAGAAGUGGAGAACUUUCUUCUGCUGCUAGGUGGAGAGGACCAGUGGAACCCCAACGGCAAACACAGCACUAAUUUCGUAAGCCGAUACGACCCGAGAUUCAACAGCUGGAUCCAGCUGCCUCCCAUGCAGGAAAGGAGGGCCAGUUUCUUUGCGUGUUGUCUCGAUAAACACCUUUACGUGAUCGGAGGAAGGAACGAGACGGGCUACCUGUCCAGCGUGGAGGCGUAUAACCUCGAGACUAACGAGUGGAACUAUGUCUCGUCUCUUCCACAACCUCUCGCUGCUCACGCCGGCGCUGUCCAUAACGGCAAGAUCUACAUUUCGGGUGGAGUCCACAAUGGUGAGUAUGUGUCCUGGCUGUACUGCUAUGACCCGGUGAUGGACGUGUGGGCCAGGAAACAGGACAUGAACACUAAACGAGCCAUACACGCACUCGCAGUCAUGAACGAUCGCCUCUACGCUAUCGGUGGAAAUCACUUAAAAGGAUUCUCUCACCUGGACGUGAUGCUGGUGGAAUGUUACGACCCAAAAGGAGAUCAGUGGAACAUCCUGCAGACGCCCAUCCUGGAGGGCCGCAGCGGGCCCGGCUGUGCCGUGCUGGACGACAGCAUUUACCUGGUCGGAGGCUACAGCUGGAGCAUGGGAGCCUACAAGUCGUCCACCAUCUGCUACAGCCCCGAGAAAGGAACGUGGACCGAACUAGAAGGCGAAGUAGCAGAACCUUUAGCUGGACCGGCGUGUGCCACCGUCAUCCUCCCAGCCUGCCUGCCGUUUAACAAAUGACAGAUAAAUUGUGUGAAAAAAAAACAAAAGCCCUUAGGAUGGACAUCGCUAAAGGAAACGAUGCAGACUGUCUAGACGGACGGUGGUGUACAAAUUAUUUUUUUACACGUCUGACGAGAGCACUUUCUUUCUUUCCUUCUUUCUUUCUUUCUUUCUUUAAUACUUAAGAGAAGAAAAAAAAAAGAAACACGAUUCGUUUUCAUGUGUGUUGACAUUCGAACCUUUCCCUUCUUUUUCUUUCUCCUUCUCGAUAUCGCACGCAUAACCGAUAUAGCUUCCAUUUGUACUUUGUAUUUUGUGAAGAAAAAAAAAAAGAAAAGAAAAGAAGAACAUUAUUCCGAGCUGAUGCAAUGUUGGAAAUCUGAAACGUGUUUUAUGUCCUGGAACGAUCCGGCGAAACGAAUCGGAUCGUUUUUUGUUUGUUUUUUUUGUUUUGUUUUUUUUUAAUUCUAGACGAAACUCAUGAAUCCCGUCGUAACACUGUAGAAUAGAGAAGUGUUCACCACGCUCCUGCUUGUUAAAUAUCGUAGCCAUACUGUAUACGGUACAGCGGAUGUACAGGGGACGAAGGGGGAACCGAGUAGUGGUAAAAUAAAGCUCCUCCAUAUAUAACGCAGGCGAGGACUAAAAUGGACGAACAAUCAACUAAAAAAAUAAUAAUAAUAGAUAUAUAUUGUUUACCGAGCCAUGUGCUGUGUCUGCAUGGUCUUAACUGAGAACCUUACUUUACACUUUGAUUUAUUUUUCUGUCAGAUAAAUUACCUGUUAAUGUUUAACAGUGCCUAUUUCUAAUCCUAGGUUCAUUCCUUCCCAUUUCUUUUAAGGAAAAAUAUACGAGCGCUGUCCGGAAUCGGCUCAGCGAGAAAUCUGACACAUUCGACACUAAAGAAAUAAAAUAAACAGACAGAGAUAUAAACGAAUAAAACUCCGAUGUUUGAAGAGCAGCACUGUUUAGCGUAGCCGUCGUCCCGAUCGAUCAGGAGAGGAAUCUAUGUUAAAUUUUCAUUCUCUUGUAAAUAGUCUCUUGCGGUGGAACAUUUUUGUGCCCAUGGGAUUUAUUAUCAAAUCCUGUUAUGUUAUUAUAAACAUUUUAAACGAUGAAAAAAAAAAUAAAACGGAAA